AUGAGCGUGCUCUCAUUAGAGCCGCUAAUUCGACGCUUUUUCGAAGCCUGGGGACCAAUUUCGUACAGAUUCAAGUGGCCAUUGUUCAUUUUACCACUUCUACUCACAGUCGGACUCUCAUUCGGCUUCCUACGAUUGGACACGCUACGAGUCGACGACCCAGCAUACGUCUUUACGCCAUCCGAUGCACGGUGGCGGAAAGAACUAAAAGCGUUUUCCGAGAACUGGCCAUUGAAUGAAAACAAAUUUUUGCCCGGAAAAUCAUUCGAAACAAAACGUUUCGUGAACCUGCUGAUCCGUGCUCGCGAUGGAGGUUCCGUACUUAGAGAUGAAGUGUUGAAAGAGAUACAAGUUCUGAAUCAGUGGAUUUCCAAUAACAUUAGCGUCCCCACUGAUGAUGGACGUUUCAAUCUAACCUAUCAGGAUCUGUGCCUGAGUUACGAUUGGGUUUGUGGAGGGAAUGAACAUAUUGAUAUGUUGCUGCAAAGAAACAAAAUUGGACAUUUCCUUGACCUCUCAUAUCCUAGAGGAGGGAACAAAGAUACACCUGUCUACUUAGGCACUGUUCUCGGCGAUGUUGAACUCUUCAGGGAGAAUAAUACUGUGAAAAGCGCUAAGAUCACACAAUUAUUCUACUUUCUGAAACAGGAACAAUCGAUUGUACGGCGAUAUUCCUCGGAGUUCUCCUACGCUGUGGAAAGAUUUUUCCUGCACUACUACAAAUCUAACAUAAUUACUAUUUCGUUUGCUCAUUAUCAGUCGCUACAGGAUGGCCUUGGUGAAAAUGCAGAACGUUUUGCGCCCAACUUUGUCGUCAGCUUUACCACAUUGGCCAUAUACGCUCUUGUUAGCGCGUUUUGUUUCAAACCAAAACCUCAUCAUGGAAUAGACUGGGUACGCAGCAAACCAUGGUUGGCUUGUGCAGGACUCUCCACUACUCUUAUGUCCAUCCUGUGUGGAUUUGGAAGCUUGAUGUUUAUGGGAGUGAGCUACAACGUUAUUAAUACCAUCAUCCCUUUUCUUAUUAUAGCGAUUGGGAUCGACGAUAUGUUCAUUAUGAGCGCCUGUUGGGAGCAAUCGGAUGAACGUCAGUCGGUACCUGUUCGAAUGUCUCAAACAUUAUCUCAUGCUGGUGUAGCUGUAACCAUUACAAAUGUUACCGACAUUAUGUCGUUUGCAAUAGGCUGCAUCACAGACUUACCUGGUAUUCAACUAUUCUGCCUCUAUGCAUGCGUUUCGGUCGCUUAUUGCUACUUAUUUCAGAUAACAUUCUUCUGCGGCUUCAUGGCAAUUUCUGGGGAUUUAGAACGGGAAAAACGACACUGUUUGUUUUUCUACAAAACUGUUGGUUCCAUUAGUAUAGCGGAACUGAACAGAUCUCACAAGGAAGAAACGGUUUUUCCAGCCAAUUUCCGCAAAUUUCAACGAACAAAAAGCACAAACGUACCAAAAAACUGCCCCGAAAGUUCUCCGGAUGCUUCAUUUUACUCGGGACGAUCUAUCUCCACAGGAAGUGACAAAGCUCAUGCGACACCACCACCUGCCUACCAACAUGUUGUACAAAAUGGUGACAAUAAGGAACCUAACGGAAUUGUGAAGUGGUUGGGAGAGACGUACGGACCGUUCAUUUUGACUAAUUUUGUUCGUAGCAUGGCCGCCGUUUUGUUCUUGAUAUACAUUGUAGGCGCCUACUAUGGUUGCAUCAACUUUCGAGAAGGAUUAAAUCCUGGGAACCUUGUGACGAAAGACCACUACAUUUCUCAGUACUUCGAAGAUAUAAAAUCGUUUUGGAAAUCAGGACCUCAACUCCACGUUGCUGUUCUUAACCCACCCGACCUCGUCAGUUCAAAAGCAAGAAAUCAGCUUCUUUCUACCGUAGCCGCAUUCGAGAACACAGAAUAUACCAUGGGAAGAGAGGGAACAGUCUUCUUCCUGGUCGAAUACCUCAACUACCUCGAUCAGCUCAACGUUGAGUUAGAGGAUACACCUAAAUUAUGGCAUCAGAAGUUGAGGUCCUGGCUUAAGUACACCGGCGGCGCUGCACAAUGGGCGAGCGACAUCAACUUUAAUGACACAACCAACGCAAUUGAAGCUUUUAGAUUCUGUAUCGCAAUGAAGAAGAUUGUCGAACCUAAUCACCACAAAUUAGCCGCAAAAUUGAUGAGAGAUAUCGCUGACGCUCAACCUUUUAAAGUAAUCGUCUACUAUGAGGCAUUCCCAUUUGCCGAUCAAUACUUGAUUAUCCUACCAGCAAUGGUAUUUAAUGUUGUUAUAUCUUUGCUUUGUAUGACUGUCGUCUCUCUUCUGAUGGUUCCGAGUUUGCCUUCAGGAUUCAUCAUCUUCCUUUCGAUUGUCUCAAUAAAUAUUGGCGUCUUCGGAUAUAUGACGUUAUGGGGCGUAAAUCUGGAUGCUGUAUCCAUGAUUUCCAUCAUUAUGAGCAUUGGAUUUGCUGUUGAUCUUUCUGGACACAUAGUCUAUGCAUUUGUCACAUCCCAUGGAGACACUAAUCAGCGAGUUAUCGGUGCACUCGAAGCGCUAGGAUGGCCGAUAUUCCAGGGUGCUUCUUCAACAAUUGCUGGCAUUACAAUAUUGUAUACAGUAGAUGCAUACAUAAUACUAGUGUUCUUUAAAACAAUAUGGCUAACGAUGGUCAUCGGCGCUAUUCACGGGCUUUUCUUCAUACCGGUAUUCCUUUCGAUCUUUCCAGUUGGCUUCUUUCGGAUACCAAAAUCAUCCGAAUUGCAUUAG